GACAGAUUAAUUAUUAAUCCAAGGUAUGUAAUAAAGUAAUAAAAAUGUCAUCUUGACAUCUAACCAUAAGUUCUGAACUGGCUGAACAGGAUUUACAUAAGUAUUGAAAUUUAUGUGUGAUUCCUUAUAUUUUAUUUCAGAAAUUUUCAUUGCGUAGUCUGCUUAUUUAAAUUGAUAUCCAAUGUCCUGGUAGACUGUAGAUCAUUACUUUGAAAACAACAGGCCAAGGACACUUAGUAGCCCUUUCAGUGCACUGAAUUAAAUUUAUUACUAGUAUAUUUUGCGAAAACUCCACAUUUUUAAUUGAUGCUCGGACGAGAUAGAAGCUCUCGUUUAACGGAUUUCCAUACCUAACAGCAGUGGAUCACCGAUGCUUCCAGUUUGUUACCAAUGAAAAACAAGAAUCAGACAACAAUUCGAUUGAGUGAGCAAAUAUCUGGAUACAUGAUCGAUGAAAUAUCAAGUGAAAGUUCUGAAGGUGGGAGACGGUUUUUAAGAAAUCCAGAGAAACGAAUCAAUAAAAAUGUUGUUCAAAAACAAUCUCCAGCUACAACUGAAGAUGAAAAUACUGAAGAUUUACUGACACCGUUUAGUGCAGGAAAAACGUCAAUAGAUUUUAAUAAAUAUUCAACACAAAAGGUAUUUAAUAGCAGAUUGACAAAUUCAAAUGGGACAAAAUCAAGGGAAUUUGAAAAAUAUUGUAUCAAUAAUAAUGUUGUGAGUGAACCAUUAGAAGUACGAAAAAAUAAUGAGAAUGAUUUAAGUAGAAUUUCAGCUUUGUCCUUUAAUGAUAAAAAUUCACUGACUGAUGCAAGUAGAGAACCUUCACGAAUUGAAAGCAAAAUGAGUACAUUCGAUGAUCAAUUAAUAUUAUCUGUUGAUGAAUUAGUGAAUGAGAAUAGAGUAGAUUGCGGAAGUUAUUGCUCAACUAAUCGUUUUGACAAAUCGUACAAUGAAAAAUCACUGAUAGAUAUUGAAGAAAUUAUUGAAUGUGAAAACUCCCAUUCAUCUAGCUUGACGGAGAAGAUAUCUAAUAAAAAACUUCCAUUGGAAAAGAUAUAUUGUCAAGUGGACAAUGAAAACAAUACUAGUGAAAUAGAUGAAUAUUCAGAUGAUUUUGAAAAUGAACAAGAUCUAACUAGUUCAACUAAAGAAAAUUUAAAAUGCAAUCUAAUCACAACGCAGAAAUCAUUAUCACUUAAAACAAAAAAGGCUGAUUGUUCAGUAAAUCAAAAAGUUUGUAAUGCAGCACCUACGAAUUCCUAUGGACCAUUGAAUAAAACGAAUUUACGUGAAACGAUUUCAUAUAAAAAAAUAUCAAAAAACGUAUCUGAAACCCAACAAACAAAGGAUGCUGAAGUUCAAACAGUGUGGUCAGGUGAUUUUUCACAAAACUACUAUAUUCCACACAACCUUCCAAUAAUAAAAUAUGAAGAAAUUCCUAAUUCUACUGUUAACACUACUCUUAAAAUGCAAAAUAUAACGUCAUCGCUCAUAAAUUACAAAACACUACAUACCUUAACAACUUAUAAUCCUUGUUUAACUGCACUGGAUAAUAUGUUGAAACAACAAAUAAAUCUUACAAGAGAAUUUUUAAGAACACAAAGAAAUUUACAUGAAACGAUUAGUAAAGCAAUAAGUCAAUGUGUUAUUACCAACAAUUAUAAUUAAAGAGAGAGAUAUAUACAGACUACAGUGAAUAGAUUAUAGAAAAAAAAACAUCUGAACAGUAUUAGUAAUAACUUUUGAGAUGUACUUCAUGCGGUUCAGUAAACUGAACACUAAUACUAAGAUUAUUAAUAUCAUUAAUUUUCUAGAGUAUAACUUAUAUUCAAUUAGUUGAUAAGUAUA